GUUCCUCUUUCAUUAUGAUUUUUAUUCUCGUCUUCUUACAUGUACACAGAGAACAUGUUUGCUAACAACAACAACAACAACAAAACCAUGAAUAUGAAUUGACGAAUUGCAAAUGGAAGGGAUUCGUUGCUAAUUUUCCCAUGAUAUCGCUUUUUUUUGAUUUGAUUCCUGUACCUAUCAUUCUUAUGUUUGAGGUUGUCGUACCUAUUACAUAGGAUUGAGUAGCAUGUCGAGUUCUGGACUAAAUCGUUUGGAUAUAGUUUGGUUGUCAAUACAAGGAGAAAACGAGGGGAAAGGCUCCACGCAGCCUUAUCAGAGAUCCUCACACGCUAAUAUAUACUCGAAGCCUCGCGACGUGUUGCUUGUGGGUAGUACUAGUAUUUUACCACAUAGGAAUACACAUGUGGUCUUUACUUUGUUCUUUCCAGCAUCGUUAAAGCUAGCCUUUUAAGCAAUCAAACACAUCACCUCAGAUAAUGCUCAAUUCCUGGUCUGUAGUAGUGUCUGUCUUUUGAUAAACUUUCUCUCAAGAUGUGUUCAUGCCAAUGAGGUAGAUAUUGAGGCUCUUUUCAAGCUUCUCUACCCUUAAUUUAGUAUUAAUUGUAUUUUAUUUCGCAAGAAGGUUUUUUGUUGCUUCGCAACACCGCAGUGAUAUGCAUAUUAUCUUUUUAUUUAGAAAAAAUAAGGAGAGUCGGAGCAAUCUACAUUUCAAUAUUAUGGAUAAUGAUGGCGAUGAAAUAGAAACAUAAUUAAAUCAGUAAAGCGCCGUCAAACAGCCCUGGCUUUCAAGAAUUAAAGCGUGAAGGGUUCACUAACUGCGCAAGAAAAGCACAAAACAAAUGGUGUAGUUUCAGCUGCGAGGUCACGAUAUAGUAGACUUUGUCGUUUAUGUGUGUUACGUGUGAGACUUUUUUAUCAUUACCGGAGUCAAAACAACUCGAACUGCACCCCUCCCAUUUUCCCUUUCCUUCCGCUUGGAUAUAUAGCUCUGCACAUUCCUGGAGUGACCGGGUUAUCGCCGCCUUUUCACAUGACGACAAACUUCGAUGAGCUUUACAUCCUUGAACCUUUUGGUUACAUGAAAAUUACACAAUCGUAGUCAAAUGAACCCUUUAACUCUGAUGAAGAAUAGGCGUGCAAACUGACGGUCAACUCGCGGGUGGGGGUGGUAAUGACAGCCCGUUUUCCUCCUCUUGGGAUACUUCACUGGGUGUUUCUUUAUUUACGUAUGUAGACGUUCUGAUUGCUCUUUGUUUGAUGAGUGGUUAGUGACAAUAUGGAUUCGCGGUGGUUUGAGUUAUUGGUAUGUGCAGGGUGUGUGGUGCGUGCGAAGCCUUUAGAUCAUUUAAUUGUGUGGGUACUUUAUUUUCUUUUGACCUAUCCUUCUGUUGAGUAAACACAAAAAGCACCGGUAUAAGUUUGAAUGCUGUCGGUUGAUUAGUUUUCUUAUCUGUUCAUGUAUUGUCUUUAAUGUUGUGCAUUUUUUUCUUUUUUUCAAUCAUACACUCUUCACCUUCCUAUUUUCUCUUUUUUAUUAUUCAAUAAAUAAAUAGUAUUAUUUUUCUGCUGUUACUUCAAGCUUAAUUUCAAAAGAACACAGGUUUGUACUAGUUGUAAUCACAAUAGGGAAGAUAGCAAAAGUGAAGGAGAUUUAGUGAACUAUUUGCACUCAAGCAUUUAUUCGUAUUAUUGUUACAACCCUUCUAAGUACUAAAACCAAUUCUGCAACACUGCAAGUGUUUCUCUCUACCUAAAUUGUUGUUUCACCACAAGCAACAUUUUUAAUCUAAAAGUGCAACUCCACCUCCCGGAGGAAGCAAGGCAAUCAUAAAAAAAUAAAGGAAAAUCACGCUAGCCAGACUUAGUCCACCCUACGAACACCCCUUUGACAUACUAAAGGUAGGAGUCAAACGUUUAUACACACACCCACACAAAUCAAGAGCGCGAGCGCGAGAAAAGAGGUUGAUUGAUAUCCCCGAUCCCGAAACAUGUUCACCGGUCAAGAAAGCGGCGAUAAGGAGAAGCGGGGGGCGAAGCAGUCGAUCAACUCCCGCGCCGGGGCGGAGCGUCGCCAGCGUCAGCUGAUGACCCUCCGCCACAAGGCGCACGGCGAGGUGUUGAAGCACCUCCGCGCCGACCACGAGGAUGAGGCCCUCGGGAUCCCCGAAGGGGCGGUCGGGGGGACCUCCAACGUCUCCACCGCCCUCGCGGCGGGCGCGGAUCCGAACGAGCUGGUUUGGAUGUUCAACGCGGAGACCAAACCCGCGAUGAUCCCGCUCGAUUUGCUCCCACAGUUCGUGCAGCUCGUCGUGGCGGGGACGACGCCGGAGCAGGUCUUCCACGGCACCUUAAUGAUCCGGAAGAUCCUCUCGGUGGAGCGGGAUCCGCCGUACGAGGCGGUGAUCCGCACGGGGGUGGUGCCGAAGCUCGUCGAGCUGCUCGAUCACAAUCACUUCCCGAAGCUCCAAUUCGAGGCGGCGUGGGCCCUGACCAACAUCGCCGCCGGGACCUCCGAGAACACGAUGAUGCUGAUUCACUGCAACGCGGUCCCGAAGUUCGUGAAUCUGCUGGCCUCGCCCGAUGCGGAUUGCCGGGAUCAAUCGGCGUGGGCGAUUGGGAACCUCGCCGGGGAAGGGGCCGCGUGCCGCGACGUCGCGCUCGCGAACGGGGCGAUGCCGGCGCUGCUUCGCCUCCUCCUGGAUGAGGCGCAGCCGCUGAACGUCCUGCGCAAUGCGACCUGGGCGGCGUCGAAUCUCUGCCGCUGCAAGCCGGUGCCGGAUUUAAAGGAGGUCGUGAUCGCCCUCCCGGCCUUCGCGAGCCUGCUGAACCACCAGGACGAUCAGCUCGUGAUGGACGCGGCGUGGGGGGUGUCGUACAUCUCCGACGGCCAGGCGGAGCGGGUGCAGGCGGUGCUCGAGGCCGGGGUCCUGCCACGGAUCGUCGAGCUGCUCCGGUCGCCCUCCAACAACCUCAAGACCCCGGCGAUCCGCACGAUCGGGAAUAUCGCCGCGGGAACGGAUGAACAGACGCAGAUGAUCAUCAACGCGGGGGCGUUGCCCGCGAUCGCGGAGCUGCUGUCGAACCCGAAGCGGGCGAUCCGGAAGGAAACGUGCUGGACGAUCUCGAACAUCGCCUCGGGGCCGACGCACCAGAUCGAGGCGCUGGUCUCCGCGAACAUCUUCUACCCGCUUUUGAAUUGCCUCCAGGCGAUGGAGUUGGAUGUGCGGAAGGAGGCGGCGUGGUGUGUGGCGAACGUCACCUACUGCGGGUCGGCGGAGCACAUUCGGUAUUUGGUGCAGAUCGGCGUGAUUCCCCCACUUUGUGAGGCCCUCCGCGUGUACGACUCGCAGAUCGUCACGGUUAUCCUGGAGGCGCUGCAGAGCUUCUUGCAGAUGGGCGAGAGCGAUCGAUCCUCCGGCUUCCAUGAGGAGAAUAUGGUGGUGAAACAGAUCAUCGACUGCGGUGGGAUCGACCACCUCGAGGAGUUGCAGAAGCACACAAAUAAGGACGUCUACAACCUCGUUUUCAACAUUUUGGAGAACUUCUUCUCGGUUAUGGAUGACGGGAAUGCGGAUGGGGUACCGAUGUCCGACAUGCAGUUUGACCAGCCCAUCCAAAAUAACACCGAUUUUCAAUUUUAG